AUGCAAAAAAUCAAAAAUAUUUAUCAACAACCUUCUUCUAUCAAUCAGGAUUCACAUUACUUUUUAAGACCAAAACACUCUGCUUUGCCAUCUAUGUUAGAACCAUUCUAAGAUAUCAAAUUGAAUUAUCGACUACCUAAAUUGAGCAACUCAUAUAAUCAAUCAUCUUCAGAAGAAUAAAAAACUAAAUCAUCUCAUUCCCACCUAUAAAAACUGUCAUCAAAUAGAUACCUAAGCAAAUUUGUUAGAUCAACUACCAUUGAAGAACCAAUCUUAAAAAAAAACCAAGAAAUUAUCCAAUCAUGUGAUUUAAAGAUUAAAGAACAUAAAAAAUAACUAGCCAAAGUCUAUAUGAAAUUGUAAGCCAAUUAAAUACUAUAUCGCAAUUAUUUACAUUAAGAAUUAUAAUAGGAAUCUACCUAAAAUUAUAAACCGCAAGUUGGAUUUCAGGAAAAUAGCUUCAAUUUUUAUAAUUAUUAAUAGCCACAACCUAAGGCUAAUAAUAUACUCCAAUCAUAAUAAUUAAUGCAUUUUAGAUAAUAAUCAAAGAGAUUCAGAACCAAUUAAUCUGUGUAAGAUAAAUGA